AGAAAAAGGCGCGUAAAUGUGGAGGCUGUUUGAUUGAUCUGUGUAGGCCCACAGAGGCCUGUCUGUAAGUCAAACUGAGAACAUUUAUGUCCGUUGUUAUGGCGUGUAAAAGAGGAGCUCUGAUUGUUCUGGAGGGAGUGGAUAAAGCGGGGAAAAGCACGCAGUGCAAGAAGCUGGUGGCGGUGCUGCAGCGGAGCGGCAGAGCGGCGGAGCUGCUGCGGUUCCCCGACAGGACCACCACCAUUGGGAAGGUUAUCAGCUCCUACCUGGAGAAGAAGAGUGAUCUGGAGGACCACAGUGUGCACCUGCUCUUCUCUGCAAACCGCUGGGAACUCGUGCCGUUGAUGAAGAAGAAGCUUGAACAAGGCAUUACUCUGGUUGUGGACAGGUACGCCUUCUCCGGAGUUGCCUUCACCAGUGCCAAGCCGGGCUUCUGUUUGGACUGGUGCAUGAAACCUGACGUGGGGCUGCCAAAGCCGGAUCUCGUCCUGUUCCUGCAGCUCAGUCCGAGUGAGGCGGCUCUCAGAGGCCAGUUUGGACAAGAGAGAUAUGAAGACAGCAAGUUCCAACAAGAAGUUCAAAACAAAUUUGUACAGCUGAUGGAGGAUCCAUCAGUCAAGUGGCAGAUUAUCGAUGCUUCUCAGAGCAUUGAGACUGUGCACACAGACAUCACAAAUCAUAGCAUGAACGCCAUCGACACAGCUCAGUUUCAGCCGCUGGGAGAGCUGUGGAAGUAAACACGGACCACUCUGGAUAAC